AUGCUGGGCCUGCUCCCUACGCUGGCAAUUUCGACCAAGGGUUCUAUCCUGUCGACAACAUCAGUCCUUCUAAUGCAGUCUACGAUCAAGGCAAUUACGAUGGGCUUGCUCCCUAUGCUGUCAAAUGGGCUCUAUCUUGUUGACAGCAUCAGUCCUUCUAAUGCAUUUCACGAUCAAGGCAAUCUUGCCGGACUUGCUCCCUAUGAUGGCAAUGUCGACCACGGGCCCUAUUCUGUCAACAGCAUGGCUACUCCCAGUUCAUUUCGCCUUGCGAACAAUAGCAUCAAGUUCGAUCCCAAUGCCGCCAACGUUCUUGACGGCCUUUUACCUUCCAAUCACCUCAGUAAUACUGGCGUUGCCUACGACGACGGCAAUCACGGCAUGCGGGAUUAUGGCUUUGGCUCCCAGGCCUCAGGCCUGACCCCUGCUGUUGACAACACUCCCUCCCCAUCAACCACCUCCGGCUCCAGGGUGGACCUCCAGGGCCGCCCUCGCCCGCGCCGGCGUGGAUCACCAUGGAAGAUAUCGCUGGGCCUGCGACAGGUGCGGCAAGACGUUCGGACGACCAUCAGACGUGCAACGUCACGCCGAGAAGCACAGUGGUGUGCUCCAGUAUCAGUGCAAUGUGACAGGUUGCGCGUACCCUCGCAGCUACUGCCAGGAUAA